CCACUCCGGCGAUCACCGGGAACCUAGCACCACCUGCGGCAGCGGCGGAGAUGGACGGAAACUGUGAUAAUCUAGAAGAUACAGAGCUGAGGCUCGGUCUGCCCGGAAUCGAUGUAACUACAGUUUGUUCCAAGGUCAACAAGAGGGCGUUGACUGACGAUUUUGACCUCAAGAGGCCUUCCGCUAAGGCACAAGUGGUCGGGUGGCCGCCGGUGAGGUCAAAUAGAAGGAACAGCAUUCAGGCAAGGAGGUCGGAGGCGGCGGAGAUCGCCGGCGCCGGAAUAUUCCUUGUGAAGGUCAGCAUGGACGGAGCGCCCUACCUGAGGAAAAUAGAUCUCAUGAUCUAUAAGGGUUAUAAGGAGCUCAGAAAUGCUUUGGAAAAUAUGUUCAAAUAUUUCCCUUUUGGUUCUUUAGAAUGUGAGAAUUUAGAGGUAGAAGCAACAAGUGGAACUGAGUACGCAGUUGCAUAUGAAGACAAAGAUGGGGAUUGGAUGCUGGCUGGAGAUGUCCCAUGGGAGAUGUUCAUUUCUUCGUGCAGGAGGUUGAGAAUAAUGAAAGGAUCAGAAGCAAUGGGCUUGGCUCCUCACCCUUGAAAACAAACAAUCCUGCAAAUGAAAAAUUAUUUCAUACGGACGGCGUAUGCAGAGAUGUAUGCGUUAUCCGAUCUCCACCGUUUA